AUGGAGCAUACAAAGACGUACACAGGAGAUAAGCCAUAUCGGUGUGAUUUGUGUGAUAAGACAUUCAAUCAGAAUAAUCAGUUGGCAAUACACCAACGAACGCACACAGGAGAGAAGCCUUAUAAAUGUGACAUUUGUGGCAAAUUUUUUGGUUAUAAUCAAGUUCUGAAGACACACCAACGAACGCACACGGGAGAGAAGCCAUACCAAUGUGACAUUUGUGGCAAAUUUUUUGGUUAUAGUCAAGUUCUGAAGAUACACCGACGAACGCACACAGGAGAGAAACCAUACAAAUGUGAUUUGUGUGAUAAGUCGUUCAAUAAGAAUAAUCAGUUGACAAUACACCAACGAACGCACACAGGAGAGAAGCCUUAUAAAUGUGACAUUUGUGGCAAAUUUUUUGGUUAUAGUCAAGUUCUGACGACACACCUACGAACGCACACGGGAGAGAAGCCAUACAAAUGUGAUAUUUGUGGCAAAUUUUAUGCUUAUAGUCAAGUUCUGACGACACACCGACGAACGCACACAGGAGAAAAACCAUUUCAGUGUGGUUUGUGUGAUAAGUCGUUCAAUCAGAAUAAUCAGUUGACAACACACCAACGAACGCACACAGGAGAGAAGCCAUAUAAAUGUGACAUUUGUGGCAAACUUUUUGGUUAUAGUCAAGUUCUGAAGACACACCGACGAACGCACACAGGAGAGAAACCAUUUCAGUGUGAUUUGUGUGAUAAUUCGUUCAAUCAGAAUAUUCAGUUGAUAAUACACCAACGAACGCACACAAAGUAG